GACAAGUUCGUGACGUACAAUUUCUGCGCCGGGACGUAAACACGUGUUUUAGUUUUUUACCUGUUCGUGGAUUCUUGCUGGGGAAGAAAACAAUCCCGCGAUAAAUAUGGGGAAGAAACUAAAAGUUGGAAAAACUAGAAAAGAUAAAUUUUACCAUUUGGCAAAGGAAACAGGUUAUCGCUCUCGUUCAUCCUUUAAACUCAUUCAGCUCAAUCGUAAGUUCCAGUUUUUGCAGAAAGCAAGAGCUUUGGUCGACCUGUGCGCUGCUCCAGGUGGAUGGUUACAGGUUGCAUCCAAGUUUAUGCCUGUUUCAAGUCUCAUCAUUGGUGUGGACCUGGUUCCUAUUAGACCCAUUCCCAGUGUAGUGACACUGCAGGAGGACAUCACCACUGAGAAGUGCAAACAGGCUCUACGAAAGGAGCUUCAAACGUGGAAAGUGGACGUCGUGUUAAAUGAUGGAGCCCCAAAUGUGGGAGCGAACUGGCAACACGACGCCUUCUCCCAAGCUCACUUGACUCUCAUGGCUUUAAAGUUGGCCUGUGAGUUUUUGAACAAAGGUGGCACUUUUGUCACCAAGGUCUUCCGGUCUAAAGACUAUCAGCCCCUCCUCUGGAUCUUCCAGCAGUUCUUCAAGAAGGUGCAGUCCACUAAGCCACAGGCGUCGAGAAACGAGUCCGCUGAGAUCUUUGUCGUCUGUCAGGGAUUUCUAGCUCCAGACAAAAUAGACGGUAAGUUCUUUGACCCCAAACAUGCCUUCAAAGAGGUGGAGGUGCAAGCCAAAACUGUGAGGGAUCUGAUUACCGUCAAGAAACCAAAGGCAGAGGGAUACACAGAUGGGGAUUUGACGCUUUACCACAGUUUCACCGUGACAUCUUUCCUGAAAGCGGAAAAUCCGGUAGACUUUCUGGGAAAAGCUAGCGAGAUCAAAUUUGACAGUCCCGACCUGGAGUCCCACUCUUCCACCAGCAGCGAAAUAAAGGAAUGCUGUCGUGACAUCAAAGUGUUGGGCCGCAAAGAACUGCGCCUCCUGCUGAACUGGAGGGCCAAGCUGAGAAGAUACCUGGCAAAAAAACUGAAGGAGGAAGCCAAGCAGCUCGGCCAGGAGAUCAGUUUAAGUUCUGAUGAAGAGGACAAUUCUGAAGAUGAACCAGAAGAAAAGAAAGAGGACAAAGUGGAAGAAGGGGAAGACGAGGAUGAAGAGGAGAAGGAAAUGGAGAAAAAAUUAGCUGAACUCAAAGCCGAAGAAGUGGCCGAACUCAGACGGAAGAAGAGGAAGCUGUUGAAAGAGAGGAGGAAGCAGAGGGAGAGAGUGGCGCUGAAGAUGGACCUGCCGGGUGUGUCCAUCGCCAACACAGACGACACGUCUUUGUUCUCCUUGGCCGUCAUCAAAAAGAAAAAGGUGCUGUCUGACAUCACAAAGGGGGACAUGCAGGCGGCUGACAGUCUAGUAGGAGGAGAAGAUGACCUUCACCUCUCAGAUGAAGAGGAAGAUGACGCAGAUGAAAUGUCCCUAGCAUCUGAUUUAGAUGAAGAGGACUUGGAAGAGGUGGAACAGAGACAGAAAGAGCUUGACAGGAAAAAAACAAAGAAGAAAGUGAUGUUCACAGAGGAGGCAGAAGAUGAAGAACAGGAAGGGGGUUUGCUGGUGGAACUAGAAGAAAAGGAUGAGAAGAAGGAACGGGAGACCAACUUAUGGUUCAGCAAGGGUAUUUUUUCUGAAAUUGAUCUGGAAGGAGAUGCUGAAGGUGAGCUCAUGCAGACCGAGUGGCUUCACAACAAACCCAAAGCUAAAGGUAAAAAAAGGAAAGUUGAUCAGGUGGAAAAGGAGCUAGAGGAGGAGGAGAGGAAAGAGGAAGCUUCUGCUCCCGACGAGGAAAAGCCAGGACCUUCACGUGAAGCUGUACAAGACAGUGACAGUGACUCUGACGACAGCAGUGAUGAGGAGAAGGAGAUACACAGACUGAAGAAAGCCAAAGGUGCUGGUGGGAUGUCAGAAGAUCCGGAUGAAGAUGAUUUUCAGGUCGUCCCAGUGGAAAGUACCAGUAAGAAAGCUAGGAUUCUGAACGCAGAAGGCCUGGCUUUGGGUUGCCAGAUCGCCACUUCCAAGAAAAAAACAAGAGAUUUGGUGGAUAAUUCUUUCCACAGGUAUGCCCACUCUGAGGACACAUGGGAAGUACCGGAGUGGUUCCUGGAUGAUGAGCGUAAACACAGGCAGAGACCAGUGGAGGUCACCAAGGAGAUGGUGGAGGAGUACAAACAAAAAUGGAAGGAAAUCAACGCCCGGCCCAUCAAACGGGUUGCUGAAGCCAAGGCACGGAAGAAGAGGAGGAUGUUAAAAAAGACGGAGCAGGCCAAGAAGAAAGCAGAGGCUGUCGUCAACACUGUGGACAUCUCUGAACGCGAGAAGAUGGCUCAGCUGAAGAGUAUCUACAAGAAAGCUGGUUUGGGGAAGGAAAAAAGAGAAGUGACGUACGUCGUAACCAAAAAAGGAGCAGGGAAGAAAGUGAGAAGACCUCCUGGAGUCAAAGGAGUCUUUAAGGUGGUGGAUGGUCGCAUGAAGAAGGACAUGCGAGGAAUGCAGAGAAAGGAACAACACGCUAAAGGAGGCAAAGGAAAAGGAAGACAUUCCAAGGGCGGCAAAGGAGGAGUGAAGGGCGGUAAAGGGAGAAAAGGAAAAUGAACAGGAAGCCUUUCUGUUCAAACAUGACUCCUCUCAGCCUUCUUUCUAGAGAAUCUGCAUUGUGGGUUUCAGAUCUAAAAUUCUCCUCUGCCUUGAGCAAAAAUGAACUUUGACCUAUAUCUGUGUUUUCCAGAAUUUGGGUCAUUUUCUUCAGGUUUUGAGGCCUUAUUGUCUGCAUUUUUCUAAAGAUGGAUUUUGUUUUCCUUUAACUUCUAAUACGAAGUGCUUUCACUCAAAUUAUACACAAUGUUUUGCAAAAACUUUUACUUUGUAAAUAUUAAAUGCACAUAUUUGCAAUAAAUAAUUUACUGGAAUAAAUGUUAAAGCAA